AAUGAACAAACAGUCAAGCACUGCAUACCUACCAUUUCCAACACACUCAAGGUAUUUUGAUAAUUGAUUUUGAUGUUUCAGGCCAUCGCCUAGGUGGAAAGCAUCAUUUGAUUGGACAAGAAAUGUUGGACUGCCUAGCAAUUUUAGCCAGCUCUAGUGGCAAACCAAACUGACCCUUUUCCGUUAUCACUGAAGUAUUUGAGUAUGAACUUGGACAGAAGAAAGGGCAUUUGGGAUACAUUGACUAGUUGUUGGGAGCAAGAUGAGAUGAGGCUGGCUACCUUUUCUUAAGUCUUUGAAUUCUUGUUUGAGCUCUCAUCCUAGCAUUGUCCUCUUCUCUAUCUUUACCUUUUCAGUCAUGAAAAAUGUGGUCAAAACAUCUUUGCAAAACCAACCAGAUACUGUUGCUACCAUUGCUAACUUUUACGCAGUCCAGCUCCAACUUCUUUGCCGACAGAAAAAGCAUGCCACCUCAGCUUUUGCUCUUGUCCGAUCAAUCCAUGCCAACAUGAUCACCUCCGGAUUCAGGCCGCGUGGCCACGUCCUUAAUCGCUUAAUUGAUAUUUACUGCAAAAACUCCGGCCUUGUUUAUGCAAAGCGCCUGUUUGAUAAAAUUCCCCAACCAGAUGUCGUCGUAAGAACAACUAUGAUUGCUGCAUACUCUGCUUCCGCAGAACCCAAGCUUGCGAGAGACGUCUUUGACAAAACCCCACUAAGCAUCCGUGACACUAUUUGUUACAACGCUAUGAUUACAGGCUAUUCACACAACAAUGAUGGCCAUGCUGCUAUUAAAUUGUUUCUUGAUAUGAGGUGGAAAAGUUUUCAGCCUGAUGAGUAUACCUACACCUCGGUGCUUGCAGCUUUAGCCCUUAUAGCUGAUCAUGAAAUGCACUGCCGGCAGCUGCAUUGCGCUGUUGUGAAGUCAGGCAUGGCUGAAAUUAAGUGUGUUGUCAAUGCACUUAUAUCAGUUUAUGUCAGAUGUGCUUCGUCACCCCUAGUAUCAUCCUUGCUGUUGAUGGACUCAGCAAGCAAGUUAUUCUAUGAGAUGCCAGAACGGGAUGACUUGUCCUGGACUACGAUUAUCACAGGGUAUGUGAAGAAUGAUGACCUUGAUGCUGCUCGAAAGGUUUUUGACGGUAUGGAUGAAAAAUUGCUUGUGGCAUGGAAUGCAAUGAUCUCUGGAUAUGUGCAUAAAGGUUUCAUCUUUGAAGCAUUAGACAUGUUAAGGAAAAUGUAUCUAGCGGGGAUGAAGCCCGAUGAGUUUACCUGCACCAGUAUCCUCAGUGCUUGUGCGGAUGCUGGAUUGUUUCUUCUUGGAAAGCAGGUGCAUGCUUAUGUUAGACGAACAGAAGAGGAAAUUCAUGUUUCUGUACAGAAUGCUUUAAUAACAUUAUAUUGGAAAUGUGGUAGAGUCGAUGAGGCAAGAAAAGUUUUUGAUAAUCUAGUCUUUAAGGACCUUGUUUCGUGGAAUGCAGUUCUAUCAGCAUAUGUGAGUGCAGGACGGAUUAAUGAAGCUAAACUAUUUUUCGAUGAGAUGCCAGAGAAGAAUUCCCUGGCAUGGACUGUAAUGAUAUCAGGAUUUGCACAAAAUGGACAGGGGGAAGAAAGUCUCAAACUGUUCAACCAAAUGAGAGUAAAUGGGAUCGAGCUGUGCGGCUAUGCAUUUGCAGGAGCUAUUACAUCUUGUGCAGUGCUUGCAACACUAGAAACUGGAUGCCAGCUCCAUGCUCAGCUUAUCCAGCGUGGUUUUGAUUCAAGCCUUUCAGCUGGAAAUGCAUUGAUAACAUUUUAUGGAAGAUCUGGGGUCAUUGAAGCUGCACGCACUGUGUUUCUCACAAUGCCUUGUGUAGAUUUGGUAUCCUGGAAUGCAUUAAUUGCUGCCUUGGGACAACAUGGAUAUGGUGCUCAAGCUGUAGAACUUUUUGAUCAGAUGUUAUGUGAACAUAUAACGCCUGACAGAAUAAGCUUUCUCACAGUUAUAUCUGCUUGUAGUCAUGCAGGAUUGGUUGAAAAGGGACGAGAAUACUUUAAUAUAAUGCAAAGUGUUUAUAAGAUAAAUCCAGGAGAAGAUCACUAUGCCCGUUUAGUUGAUUUGUUGUCUCGAGCUGGAAUGUUAUCAGAAGCAAAAGAUGUGAUCCAGAGUAUGCCUAAUAAACCUGGGGCACCCAUUUGGGAAGCUCUUCUUGCUGGUUCCCGAACUCAUAGGAACGUUGAUUUGGGGGUUGAAGCAGCAGAAAAACUCUUUGAGUUGACGCCACAACAUGAUGGAACGUACAUACUUCUGGCUAACACAUUCGCUGCUGCAGGCCGAUGGGAUGACGCUGCUAAGGUGCGAAAACUGAUGAGAGACCAAGGGGUGAAAAAAGAGCCUGGAUGUAGUUGGAUUAAGGUUGAGAAUACCGUUCAUGUCUUUUUGGUGGAUGAUACUGCACAUCCUGAAAUUCAAGCGGUGUACAAUUACCUGGAGGAAUUAAGACUGAAGAUGAGGAAAAUGGGAUACGUUCCAGACACGCAAUAUGUGUUGCAUGAUAUGGAGACUGAGCAAAAGGAGUAUGCUCUAUCAACUCAUAGUGAAAAGCUGGCGGUUGUAUUUGGGCUCUUGAAGCUUCCUCGUGGAGCCACAAUUAGGGUCUUCAAGAACCUUCGGAUUUGUGGUGACUGCCACAAUGCGUUCAAGUUCAUGUCGAAGGUUGAGGCAAGAGAAAUCAUCGUCAGGGAUGGGAAUCGGUUUCAUCAUUUCAGGGAUGGUGGAUGCUCAUGUGGGAAUUACUGGUGAAUAUGGAUAACGAUUAGUGUCACCUAACGAGUGUCUUGGCUUUGGAGAUUUGAAGAUGUCAUUCUGGAACAGGUUGUGUUGCCAGGGAAAAGUUACAGCACCUUCGGACAUUAAGUGUAAGACUUCAAAGCUAGAAGUAGGAAUAUGCUGCUACAACUUGUUUGUCUGUGGCAUUUUGAAUACGGAUGUGCAUGGUGAAUGUUUCUGGUUUGUGGUUUCCUGGUGGUGAAUGCUCAUUGUGUUCCUUCUAGUUUCUUAAGGUAUAAUAAACUAAUGAAAUCAAGAUUGUGUAUACCUUAUAGUUAUACAUGACUGAGUAAUUAUCAAGGAAAAGAAAUCGCAGCUCCAGUGCUCCCACUGAAUAUUAGGAUUUGCCUUGAUUAAGAACUUUGAGUGCCAAAGGGUGGAGCUACUCUCUGCUUGUUUAGUGGUAGGGGAAUGAUACAGUUGCAAUUUCUAGAAUCCUCAAGCCUAAAGGAGUACAGCUUACAACGCAGGCAAAGAUGAGCACCUUCAUGUCCUACACUGUGUACACCCCAUUUGUCCUGAUGAUUUCUGCUAGCGUAGGGCUGAAGGCAGACUAGUUUGCUGCAAUUUUCCUUGGUUGGCACAUUUGUCUCUUUAGCAAGUGAACUGCUUUUUCACGUGCCCUUAUUGGACUCGUUGAACUUGAGGGUUGCUCUUCGUUUGUGACCGUUCUGAUCAGCUGUAUGCUUUUUCGGGAUGCUCUGUGCAGCAGAUAUACUUGUAUUUCAAGGAGUUUUCCCCUAAUAUCUGGUGCAGAGCGGCUGAUCUUGUUGCUUUACUCAACUAGAACAGCCACUCUCUAAUAGAGUGCUUUGAAGUGGCUUUAACUAGGCUUGAUCCCAGCCACUGAAAAUUAUUGUUUUUGGGAUCACCGAAGUUUUCUUGAAGAACAAUUGAUCUUAGCAAACUCUGAUGUCAAGCUCGCAUUCAAAUUCAUUCUUGAGAAGAACCAAAGGAUUUGACAGAGGUUAUAGACACUUACAGUUAUAUCACUUUAGUAUAGAUUCAUUUGUCAUCAUUUUUCUUAUCUUUGUGGGAUGGACACAAAAAUUGUUUACAUAUUUGUUGUGCUCAUCUCUCCUGGGAUCAUACAUUUGAAUGCAAGCACAUGUUGUA